AUGGCCUACCGCGACUGGCUCUGCUCGACCCUCAUUCCGUACUACCUGAAGCCGGGCGGCGCCCAGGAGGUGACCAAGCCCUGUCAGAGCAUCUGCGAGCAGGUCGAGCAGAAGUGUCCCCACCUGCAUCCCUACGGCAAGGGACAGUACGCCGGGGAGCCGGUCUUCCUCUGCAUCGACGCGAACAUUCCCUUCAACGAGCAGAUCACACCGAACACGCCGUACGGCGAGCCGGGCAAGUGCUACGACCUCUGCGACCUGGAGAAGUGCCAAAAUGAUGUCGGAGAGAAGCCGACGCUCACCUGCUGGCAGCAGCAAAUUGAGGAGGCGGUGGCAGCUGCUGCUGCUGCUGCUGCAUCGACCACUACCACAACUACCACACCCACCACCUUAUCACCAGCAGCAAAUGGUAAUCAGACAAACGCCGAGGGAAAACUUAUCAACGGUACGGCGAACACCGUUACAAUGGCCACUGAUGAAGGAGAAAAAGAAGGAGAAGGUCAUGUUGUAGCGGCGCCUUUUUCCACAGUGACUCCCAACAUUUCUUCUGAUGAUCAACAACAAACUUCCAAAAAAGGUAAAAAGAGGCACAAUGUCUCACAGGGCCUGGACGGCAACUCCGAAGCAGUGAUCACGGCUAAACCUAAUGGCAUUGGAGGGGCUGCUCUGGAUGACCAGUCGACGACGGUGACCUCAUUUGGCGGGUGGAACACCGAAGAUGAAGCCUACUACCAAAUACUGCAGGCCAGUGACAGUGAUCGAAGGAGAGGCCAAAAGAUGCUGAGGACAUCCUCGGGACAGGGACAGCAAUACCAGCUGGAAAUGGAGUCCAACUACCUUCUUAGCGAGGGAAAAGCAAAAGUCGCCGACUUUAAAAACCUCGACUCUGCGUACGAGGUGACAGAGGGCACUUCCACGCCCCCCUCUUCCUCUUCCUUUUCCCCCUCCAGCUACCAGGCCAGUCUGCAGGAGAUCUACCGCGAGGCAAUGUCUGCCGUGACCACCGUCGACUCGAUGGCCAGAGCCGAUGAUCCGCUGAAUGAGAUUGAGCUGCCCGAGGAGGACAUUGCCGAAGAGUGGAUUCACGCGUCCGAUGUGGCCGCCAGCUCGGACAAUCAACAACUGCAGCAGCAGCAACAGCAGUCCACUACUUCCGCUUCAUCCUCUUCUUCUUCUUCUUCAGUUUCUUCAUCCUCUUUUUCCUCUUCUUCCACCUCAUCGCCUCUUCCAUUUGAGCCUUUUCUGGAGCAGUCACUGACAGCCGGAAUUGAGCCCACAGACACAAAAAGUAGCUCCAAAAGUGAGCACCGCAAUCGAAACAACCUUUUGAAGGUGAGCACUACUUCAGCACCAGUGGCAGCUAGCACUACAUUCUCCUCGUCCUCAUCCUCUUCGACCUCAACCAACGCCACGACCACUGCCAAUUUGCCAACUGAUAAGAUCAGUGUUGAAAGUGGCCUAAUACCUUCGGGAAAAGCAGUGGAAGGCAGUGGCAGCCAAGUCAAUGGACGUCAGUUUCGACAUCACAACAGUCGAAGCAAACAACAACAACAGCAACAGCAAACGGGUGAACAGAAGUUGACUGCUAAAGGCGGUCACAAACAGCAGCAACAGUCACAGCUGGCACAAAAAAAGAAGGAACAGGAUGAAAGUGUUCAGCAGCAGCAAAG